AUGGCGCCCUCCUUCGACCACCUCCGCGAUGCCGAUCUCGACGAUGACGAGUUCAACGAGGAUGACAUUGAUAUUUCCGACCUGCGAGAGAGAUUCGAGGUGCAGCUGGAGCAGGGCUAUGACAGCUUCGUCGUCAUCGACGGCCUUCCCGAGGUCACGGAGGAGCAGAAGCCCAAGCUCGUCAAGUUCUUGUUGAAGAAGCUCAACACAGUUGGCAAGACACGGGAGGAUCUGGUUCACAUGCCCAUGGGCGACAACGGAAAGUCUCUUCGGUUUGCUUUUGUUGAGUACUCUUCGCCCGCUGAGGCUGCCGCCGCCACUCGCCAGCUCGACCUGGUCCCCCUCGACAAGAAGCACACCCUGCGCGUCAACAAGUUCACCGACAUCGAGCGAUAUGGACGAGAAGGCCGCGUUGACGAGACCUACCAACCCCCCCACAUUGACGAGUUCACCGAGAAGGAGCAUCUCCGAUGGUUCCUCAAGGAUCCUUCCGGCCGAGGCCGUGAUCAGUUUGUUAUGUACAGAGGCGAGAGCGUCGGCGUCUACUGGAACAACGAGAAGGACCAGCCCGAGAACAUCGUCGAGCGACAACACUGGACUGAGACCUUUGUUCAGUGGUCUCCUCUUGGUACCUACCUGACCUCUGUCCACGCUCAGGGUGUUCAGCUCUGGGGCGGACAGUCCUGGUCCCGACAAGCCCGAUUUGCCCACCCUUUCGUCAACCUCGUCGCCUUCUCGCCUGGUGAGAAGUACAUCGUGACCUGGUCUAACCGCCCUAUCUCGAUCCCUGACGAGGGCCACCCCGCACUUUCGAUUGACGACCACGGCAAGAACUAUGUCAUCUGGGAUAUUGCGACUGCUACUCCUCUCCGAUCCUUUGCCAACCUUGAUGCCCCCAAGGGCGAGGAGGGCAAGCCACCACCCAAGAUGCAGUGGCCUGCUUUCAAGUGGUCCGCCGAUGACAAGUACGUCGCCCGGUUGACCCAGGGCCAGUCCAUCUCUGUCUACGAGCUCCCCCGCAUGAACCUCCUCGACAAGACCUCGAUCAAGAUUGAGGGCGUUAUGGACUUUGACUGGGCCCCCGCAACUCCCAAGCGUGACGGCGUCAAGACCUACGAGCAGCUGUUCUGCUACUGGACACCCGAGAUUGGCAGCAACCCCGCCAAGGUCGGAUUGAUGAGCAUUCCCUCAAAACAGGUCGUCCGAUCCCUCAACCUCUUCAGUGUCAGCGACGCCAAGCUUCACUGGCAAUCUGAGGCCGCCUACCUCUGUGUCAAGGUCGACCGACACUCCAAGUCCAAGAAGUCUCAGGCCACCACUCUUGAGAUCUUCCGCGUCAAGGAAAAGGGUGUCCCCGUUGAAGUUGUCGACACCAUCAAGGACACCGUCAUUAACUUUGCCUGGGAGCCCAAGGGCGACCGCUUCUCCAUCAUCACCACAACCGAGCCCGUGGGUGUCACUGCCGUCCCUCCCAAGACUGCCGUUUCUUUCUUCUGCCCCGAGAAGGCCAAGGGUCAGCACGUGGGCAACUUCAAGCACCUCCGAACUCUCGACAAGAAGAACAGCAACGCUAUCUACUGGUCACCUCGAGGUCGCUUUGUUGUUAUUGCCACCAUUGCGAACCAGCAGAGCUCCGACCUUGACUUUUUCGAUCUCGACUUUGAGGGCGAGAAGCCCGAGGCCGAGAAGGAUCUCACCGCCAACCUCCAGCACAUGAACACCGCCGACCACUACGGUGUGACAGACGUCGAGUGGGACCCUUCAGGCCGAUUCGUCGCCACCUGGGCUUCUGCCUGGAAGCACUCGAUGGAAAACGGCUAUCACAUUUACGACUUCAAGGGCGAGGCUUUGCGAGAAGAGCCCCUUGAGAAGUUCAAGCAGUUCUCUUGGCGCCCCCGGCCGGCGACCAUGCUUACCAAGGAGGAGCAGAAGGCUGUUCGCAAGAACCUCCGAGAGUACAGCCGGGUCUUUGAGCAAGAAGAUGCUGACCGCGGCGCGUCCGCCGACUUGGCCGUGGUGGAGGCCCGCCGCACCAUGCUCCAGGAGUGGUACAACUGGCGCGAGGAGGUUGAGGCCGACACAUUGGAAGAGCGUGAGGUGCUCGGCCUACCAAAGGAUCCCCAUGUUCCUCUGCUAGAGGCUUACACAAAGAGCCUGGAGGGUACGACAUCGGAGGCGGAUCGGGUGAUCGAGGAGAUUGUGGAGGAGGUGCUCGAGGAGAGCGAGGAGGUGCUCGGUUAG